AUCCUCUACAUCAGCAUUCAAUCCCUAAGCAUCCUACUCAGCCUAAGUCUAGUAAUCAUAUUCCUCCGCUCACCACCGUUCGUCACUAAAUGGACUAUUAUUCAAAUAUGCAUCUCUGUGCUCGGGUACUCAAUUUUUUCUCUUCCCUCCUUGAUGAUCUAUGGCGACCAAGUUCAAUCUAAAGCCUUUAAUACACCCCUCUUGGCUUAUGGUGUUCAAAACACAGUUAAGGGCAGAAAGAGAUACGUUGCGGUGGUUUUCGAUAGGAAUUUGGGGGUGGGCAAUAGUGUACAGCAUAGUAGUGUUGUUGUUCACGAGGAAAGAAAAACAAUGGGGUGUGAUGGUUACAUGGUUGUAUUGCAAAUGUUGGAAUGUAGAAAAGACGUGGUACAUUUAUUAUUUUUAUAUUGGGAUAGUUGGUACGAUAGUCAUUCAACCUAUAUUCUCUAUAGUCGCUGGCAAACCUUCAAUAGGCAGCCUAAUCGCCGUACUGCCAUUAACUUAGGUCACUCUGUUCGCGUGGCUAUUUACACCAACUUUCUAUUAAUUAUGGCAUUUGUGUAUGUUAUAUCUGAUUGUUUGACACCCAAGAAAGUCAUUGAGGACGUGCCGCCGUGGACAGACAGCACAGUUUAUGUCGGUGACUUCACUUCAGCUUUUAGUGGCACACUCUUGUUCUUAGUAUUCGGCACCACUCGUCGUGCAGCACUCUUCCUUCCCUGCUGUUAUUACUCUCCUCCCGAAGUUCUCGUUUUCCCUGAUUCUGAACGGCGUCUGAGCCACCGAAACAACACCAAAAUCAUGAAGAGCAUGAAUUCACACGACUUAUAUAUUAAUGGAGGUUUCGAGAAACACGAUGAGCACAUGAAUGGUGAAUAUAAAAAAGAUAAUAUAAAAUUAUGUGAAGGAUGUAGAAAAGCGAAUCAAAUGUGCAAAGAAUGCAAUGACAAGCAAGGGGGCGGCAAUAUAUUAGAAGGAAAUAUUGCGGUGAAUGAUGAUAUAGAUAAGAAAUGGCUAUCGGAUUUAAGUAAACCGCUGAAAAAGGUUAUCACAGACCCAAACGAUAUAAGAAUAAUAUACAAUCAAACUAAGGACAUUCAAGAAAGUAGAAAAAAAAUCAAAUAUUUGGAAGACACGGAUAAUCUACACGAUGACAGGAAAUGA